AUGGCACGCCUCAGCGCGGAGAAGCAACACCUCGAAGAGGUUGGCCAUGCGUUGGAGAUCGAGUCGAACGCUGUCCAGGAAGUCACUCCUGAGAUUUCCCGACUCCCUCGCAAGACGCAGCUCAAAAUCGACAUUCGUUUGAUCAUCCCCGUCGGCAUUGUGUACGCACUUUCGAUCAUCGAUCGUAUCAACAUUGGCCAAGCGAAUGUGGUCGGCAUGGCGGAGGAGCUGCAACUGGAAGUCGGUUCUCGGUACAACAUUGCACUGAUGGUGUUCUUCCCAGCCUACAUCCUAGGCGAGCUCCCGAGUAACCUCUCUCUUGUCAAAUUUGGCGUCGCCAACACCCUUUCCGUCCUCACCAUCGGCAUGGGCUGCUUUACAAUUGCUCAAGGUCAGGUUCAUAGCUGGCAGGCUUUGGCUGCUAUGCGUUUCAUGCUGGGACUUUUCGAAGCGGGCGUCUUUCCUGCCGUGAUUCUGCUCUGUUCGAGCUGGUAUCCUCGAUAUCAAGUCCACUUGAGACUCGCCAUGUUGUACGGCAUCGGGCUUGUAGCAAGCGGCUUUGCUGGUGUUUUGGCAUAUGGUCUUGGUCAGAUGGAGGGACUCAGCGGCUGGGGAGGGUGGAGAUGGAUCUUCACGAUCGAGGGCGCGAUAACCAUAGCAAUCGGCAUCUGCCUACGCUUCAUCAUCGACGACUUUCCCGAUCGUGCGAAGUUCCUCUCCGCAGAAGAACGAGAAACAGUCAUGCAACGUCUUACUGCAGACCGCGGCAAUGCGACCACGGAGAAGGUCACUUGGAAGAACCUCAAGGACCUCAGCAAAGAUUUGACCUUGUGGGUGACUACUUGGAUGUACUUCUGCAACGUCGUCGCUGUAUACGGCCUUGCAUAUUUUGUCCCUUCUAUCAUAGCCGACAUGGGAUAUUCGGGUGUCAUGGCAGCUCUAUACUCUGCGCCUCCCUACCUCGUAGGACUGGGAUUCCUCCUCAUAGGAGGCUUUGUUGCAGACAAGAUCCACCGUCGUCUACCCAUCAUUAUCGUCCAAACCAGUCUCGGCAUAGUUGGCUUAGCAAUUAUGUCGCAACCCAGCCUCUCCUCGCAGGCCCGCUACGCCGGCAUCUUCCUCUCCAUCGCCUCCUGCCAAGCCAACAACGCCGCCAUCCUCAUCUUCGGGCAGAAUAACAUCGUCGGCUCCGCCAAGAUGAACCUCGCAUCCAUCCUCAACAUCGCUGCUGGCGCUCUCUCCGGUAUUGUGGCCAGUAAUAUCUACACUAGCAAUACUGCGCCAGGGUACCUGCCUGGUCUGGCGACUACGAUGGCGCUCAAUGGGUGUUUGAUCUGCACCUGCGUACUUGCUUGGAUCAUUCUUGCCAAGCGGAACAGGGUGGCGGAUCGAGGCGAGGUCAUUUAUCAUGGAGUGCCGGGGUGGCGGUGGACGCUAUAG